CAUGAUAACCUCAUGUCUCGUCCUGAAGCCUUGGAUCUAGGGCAAAACAGCGAUCUGUUUCGGGACAACAGCAGCACCUGCGACAUCGGCCUGUCCGUCAGCCAGGCCAGCAAUGAACACGAUGGUGACCUCGUUUCCUUUUCAACUGAUGCCGUUGAAGGUGGUUGUGGUGGUGUUGUUGGUGGCGCUGUCGAAUGCAGUGUUCUUGGUGUUCUUGGUAUCGAGGACGAAGGCGGUACGAGAAGCAAUACAGAUUAUGUUGGACACAACGGACUUGAGAUGUUCUCAGAUGGUAACCUUUCCAUGACCUUGUUACCACCAAAGGAUGUUCAAACAACCGUACCUGCAGCUAUAUGUAACGGAGAGGCCUCUCUAGCGAACCUUCCAGGGGAGCCUCGACAAAGGGUCCCACUUCUACUUCCGCCAUCACUUUCCCAAUCAAAAGCACCUUCCCAAUCAUCCGUCUUUUUUCAGGCUCAACACUCUAACUUGGCACCCGUCAUUCCACCGAAAGGAGUGUUACACCGCAAAUCUUCGGCUCCACAGCCACCUAUGCACCAAUAUCAGCAGCAGAUUUCUGGCUCGAGAUAUGGCCAAUCCAAUGCCCAUGUGUCUAAUCUCGACACAGUCUUGCCACAGCUACGUAUUGCUUCCUUGCGUGGAAAUUUAAGCCCACCCACCCUCCAUAACGGCCAGCACGAAGUUGGUCAGCCUAAAGCUUUGAUCGAGAGGCCGACUGAUGACGACCUAGAGGCUGGCUGCGACCCUACUGGUCCGCCAAUAAUGAUCUCGAGUCAGAGUUGUGCUGGAGGUGGCGGCAGUGCUGUAGGAGGUUUACUCCCCCAGCCUCUGAGCAGGAUUCGCCCGGCAAGGAUCAAUUCGAGUGUUGAGGUAUGCAGAAUAUGCACGUGUCGACUGGGGUUCUGUUUAUGCCAAACCUGCACUCUGAAAUAUUCGCACCUAUGCUUUUUGCACAAGCGUGCCAGGCCCUCAAUGGAGGAUAUGCAUGCGUUGAUUCUUUCUUUGCAUGCCUUUUUCUGA